AUGAAUUUUUUGAAAUUUUUCUUUGAAGUAAAUAUUUGCCUUGGUUGUGUCUUAGUAAGUAAUAAUUCACAGAUAAAUUUAGAAGAAGAUGAUGAAAUUAAACAAAUGAUUAAAGAAUAUGUAAAAUCAAAGAAUUUCUUGAAAAAGAAUGUACCUUUGAUUAUAAGAUUGCUUGAAUCUAAUUUCAGUUAUGUAUCUAUAGAUGAAAUUAAUUCAAUAGUAAACCAGUUAAAUAUUAAUUUUAAAAAAGAACAAAUUAAUAGUAAAGAAUAUUUAGAUAAAAAAGAGUGUAUUAGAGAUUUUAAAAAGUAUAUUCAUGUUACAUGUAAUAAAAUGUUAAAAAGAUUUGGCAAAUUGAUAAUGAUGAAAGUUAAAAAUAACGAUCAAGUUGAAUUAGAUAGUUUUAAAUGUUUAUCUUUUCUUUCUAAAAAAUGUAUUUAUGAAUUUUUAGAUUCGUUAAAUGAAAAUCAAAAGGAUAUUAAACUUUCUAAUAGUGAAUCUCUAUUAGAAAUUUAUAUAGAUUCUUUGUCAGUGUAUAUUUUUUUAGAUGAGGUAAUUUGUUGCUAUAAUUUAUGUAGAUAUCUUAUUAUUUCAAUAAUUGAAGUUAAAAAGAAGAUGUUAAGCUCACGUAUUUUUAAUAAUAAAAAUGUAAUACAUUCGUAUAAAUUUAAUGAAAAAUUCUUACAUAAAAUUCAUAAUUUUUUUUAUGAAAAAGUUUUAUAUGGUUUUUAUCAAAGUAUUGCUAGCAUAAUGAAUAUUGAAGGUGAUGAAAAAAUUAAAAAUUUUUUAAAAGAAUUUUCGAAAAACAUUGUAGAAAUGAUUAUUUUAAUCGAAAAGUAUAAUUAUUAUAACAAGAGUUUGAUUCGUUUUACAAUUAACUCUUGUAUUUUUAACGGUCUUAAUAACAAUAAUAAUGAUUUAAAAAAUGAAAUUCAACAACUAAAUAUAAAGUUAUCAAAUCUUCUUUUUAUAGAAAGUGUAAAUUAUAAUAUCAAGUUAAAUUAUGACAUAAAAAAGUGUCAUUUAGAAAAUAUAAAUCAUCACAUCCCAUUCUCUUAUCUUAGAAAUAAUUAUAGUGUUUUAGGAAAUUAUAUAGACCAAGAUACUAUAGAAGAUGAUGUAAUGAAUAUUUCUAUAAGAAUUAUGUGGGAUUAUCAUAUAAUUUUACUUGUUUUUGUCAACCCUACAUUGACAAAUUAUUUAAUAUAUUAA